CAUCGCCCAAUUGUAAAACGCCAAUCAAAUUUUGUACCUGAAAGCUGUGGGCAUUUAUUGAAUCGGCCUUGUCUUUCCACCGCCACAUUGCCUUUAUUUUAGUGCGUCUGUCUCUCUACACCUUGCACUUGUAUUCUGCGUUUCCUCCUCCUUCCCUCCCUUUGCCUUCUUGCCUUUUGCUUCUUCUAUUGAUUCUAGCAACAAAAUUUCUGAUUCUUAUUUUUGCCCAGUAAUUUGGAAAAGAAAAUGGCACUGAAACUUAGCUUCUCGCCUCACAAGAUGCCUUCCUUUCCUGAUGCUCGUAUCAGAUCUCACAGGGUUUUCAUGGCUUCAACUAUUCAUUCUCCUUCUAUGGAGGUCGGAAAAGUUAAAAAGCCUUUCACACCGCCAAGAGAGACGCAUGUUCAAGUGACCCAUUCCUUAGCACCAGAAAAGCGCGAGAUCUUUAAUUCUCUGAACAAUUGGGCCGAAGAGAAUAUCUUGGUGCUCCUAAAGGAUGUUGAGAAAUCCUGGCAACCCAGUGACUUUCUACCCGAGCCGGCAUCGGAACGCUUUGACGAGCAGGUCAUGGAGCUACGGAAAAGAUGCAAGGAAAUUCCUGAUGAUUAUUUCGUUGUGUUGGUUGGAGAUAUGAUCACAGAGGAAGCACUUCCAACUUACCAGACCAUGCUUAACACCCUAGAUGGAGUCCGAGAUGAGACGGGUGCUAGCCUUACUCCAUGGGCUAUUUGGACUCGAGCAUGGACAGCUGAAGAGAAUAGGCAUGGUGACCUUCUCAACAAGUAUCUUUAUCUCUCUGGACGGGUUGACAUGAAGCAAAUUGAGAAGACAAUUCAAUACCUGAUUGGCUCCGGGAUGGAUCCUCGUACGGAGAACAAUCCCUACCUGGGAUUUAUCUACACUUCUUUCCAGGAGAGGGCUACCUUCAUUUCUCAUGGAAACACGGCUAGGCUUGCCAAGGAACACGGGGACCUGAAAUUGGCUCAGAUAUGUGGUAUCAUUGCUGCGGAUGAGAAGCGCCAUGAAACUGCCUAUACCAAAAUCGUCGAAAAGCUCUUCGAGAUCGAUCCAGAUGGCACUGUAUUGGCACUUGCCGACAUGAUGAGGAAGAAAAUCUCUAUGCCGGCUCAUCUGAUGUACGAUGGCCAGGACGAUAAUCUCUUCGAGAACUUCUCUUCUGUAGCACAGCGGCUAGGAGUCUACACUGCCAAGGACUAUGCUGAUAUUUUGGAAUUUUUGGUCGGAAGGUGGGAUGUUGAGAAGUUGACUGGUCUUUCUGGAGAGGGGCGUAAAGCACAAGAUUACAUAUGUGGCUUGCCUCCUAGAAUUCGAAGGUUGGAGGAGCGGGCACAAUCGAAGGUCAAGCAGGCAUCAUCCGCCCCCUUCAGCUGGAUUUUUGGUCGAGAAAUCAAACUUUGAACGCUGCGCUGAACUUGAGGACUCUUCUUACAGCCUUCUUAUAAGCAAAUAUAUAAGGUCGGUCGAUGGCCAUCUGGUCUGUGUCAAGAAAUGCGUUAAGAGUUUAAAAAUGUUCCAGUGGUAUAUUUCUUGUUCGUUUAUUUGAUAAGUAAGUUUCAAUCAGAUAUCACUGACACUUCGUCUCGAGUUAAUCGACUCGAGUGAGGAGACGAUAUCUUGUUGCAAUCUUUGUUUCUUUAUCAGCUCAUUACGAGUAAUGUAAGUAGAAUCUUGUGCUUGUUUACAAUUUAAGAAAGCUUGUGGUGUUGCUAUGAUGAUUCUCAUUGGAUUAAAUUCACCACUGGUGUUUGCUAAACCUUUAAUGAA